AUGACACCGACAAUGACAGACUUCUCGUGCUUGAACCAGGAAACAAGUGAAGGGAGAGAAAGAGAAAGAGAGGAGGAACUCCUUACCCUAUCCUCUGCAAUGGCUGAGGUUGUCGACAAUCUACACCACUCCAAACUUUCCAUGCCUGAAGAAAGCGAAGAGGUGGAUGACUCUCCGAUUGAGCAGGUGAGGUUGACGGUUCCAAUAACCGACGACCCUACGCAGCCAGUGCUGACAUUCAGGACAUGGACUCUGGGGCUGGCGUCAUGCAUUAUCCUUGCAUUCAUCAACCAAUUUUUCGGCUACAGAACCACCCCACUCUCUGUUUCUUCUGUGUCAGCACAGAUCAUCUCUCUUCCACUUGGCAAACUCAUGGCCGCAACACUUCCAACCAAAGCAUAUCUUUUCCCCUUCACCAAGUGGUCUUUCUCCUUGAACCCUGGCCCAUUCAAUAUGAAGGAGCAUGCACUCAUCACCAUCUUUGCAAGUGCUGGAUCUAGUGGUGUCUAUGCCAUCAACAUUAUCACUAUUGUUAAGGCUUUCUACCACAGGAGCAUCCACCCAAUGGCUGCUUUUCUGCUAGCCCUAUCCACCCAGAUGCUUGGUUAUGGAUGGGCUGGGAUUUUCAGAAAAUUCCUUGUGGAUUCCCCGUACAUGUGGUGGCCUUCAAACCUUGUUCAGGUGUCUCUAUUCAGGGCAUUCCAUGAAAAGGAGAAAAGGCCUAAAGGAGGAAACACAAGGCUGCAAUUCUUUUUCCUGGUCUUUGUAUCAAGCUUUGCUUAUUACAUUAUUCCAGGCUACUUGUUCCAAGGAUUAGCAACAAUCUCCUUUGUAUGCUUAGUUUGGAAAAACUCCAUCAUUGCUCAACAAAUUGGUUCGGGCAUUUCUGGCCUUGGCAUUGGUUCAUUUGGCCUUGACUGGAACACAGUGGCUGGCUUCUUGGGGAGUCCUUUGGCUGUACCUGGCUUUGCCAUCAUCAACGUUCUGGUUGGAUUUGUGCUCUUUAUGUAUGUUCUGAUUCCCAUUUCAUAUUGGAACAACGUAUAUGAUGCCAAGAAGUUCCCCAUCAUCAGUUCUAAAACGUUUGAUUCUACUGGAGCUAAAUAUAAUGUCUCUCGGAUUCUGAAUGCUGCAUACUUUGACAUUGAUAUGGAUAAUUAUAACAAUUACAGCAAGCUCUAUCUUAGUGUCACGUUUGCAUUCGUAUAUGGAUUGAGCUUUGCAACUCUCACGGCCACUAUUUCGCAUGUUGUCCUCUUCCAUGGAAAAAUGAUUGUUCGAAUGUGGAAGAAGACAACAUCUGCACUGAAAGAGAAAGAACUUGGAGAUGUGCACACAAGAAUUAUGAAGAAAAACUAUGAAGAAGUACCUGAGUGGUGGUUUGUGAGCAUUUUACUUUUGAUGAUAGUUGUGGCCCUGAUAACUUGUGAAGGCUUCGGCAAGCAACUUCAGUUGCCAUGGUGGGGAGUCCUAAUGUCUCUUGCUAUUGCGUUAGUUUUCACUUUGCCAAUUGGGGUUAUCCAAGCAACAACAAACAUGCAAGCCGGACUCAACGUGAUUACAGAGUUGAUAAUUGGGUACCUUUACCCCGGAAAGCCACUUGCUAAUGUAGCCUUCAAGACUUACGGCUACAUCAGCAUGUCACAGGCACUCGCCUUCCUUGGUGACUUCAAACUAGGCCACUAUAUGAAAAUUCCUCCAAAAUCUAUGUUCAUCGUGCAGUUGGUAGGUACCGUAGUUGCUUCAGGUGUGUACUUUGGCACAGCAUGGUGGCUUCUCACGACUGUUCCAAACAUCUGUGAUCAAGCAAAAUUGCCAGCUAGUAGUCCAUGGCAAUGCCCUGGUGACGAUGUGUUUUACAAUGCUUCAAUCAUAUGGGGAGUGGUGGGUCCACAGAGAAUGUUUACCAAGGAUGGCAUUUACCCUGGGCUGAAUUGGUUUUUCCUCAUUGGUGCACUUCUUCCUGUUCCAGUGUGGAUAUUGGCUCGCAAAUACCCCAACCUCAAGUGGAUUAAACUCAUCAACAUGCCCAUCAUCAUUGCUGGUGCUGGGGGUAUUCCUCCAGCCAGAACAGUGAACUACAUAACCUGGGGAAUUGUUGGAGUCUUCUUCAAUUUCUACGUUUACAAUAAGUUCAAGGCAUGGUGGGCUCGCCACACCUACAUUCUCUCAGCUGCAUUAGAUGCUGGACUUGCUUUCAUGGGUGUUGUUCUCUACUUCGCCCUCCAAAGUUAUGAUAUUUUAGGGCCAACCUGGUGGGGUGGCGAAGCUGACCACUGCCCUUUGGCCAAAUGCCCCACAGCUCCAGGCGUAAUCGCUGCUGGAUGCCCUACUCUCUGA